UCUGCUGUUAAUUAAUAAAUUAAACAAAUAUCAUCGUAUAAGAAGUAGGGUUAGGGCGAAUUCGAAGUUUUCAUAAAUUUUGAGUUCUGGCUAGGUUUUUCAUCCAUGGAUGGAAAAAUUGAAGUUGAAGGUGAAAGUGGAGAGUGGGAAUUGCUGCACAACGAUGAUCCUCCUCUCCUUUUAAGUCCCCAACUAGACUCCAAUCCCUCCCUCAUCAUGCCCGAUCACUUCUCCCUCCAUCCAAACAUUCCCAAUUCCAAUUCCAAUUCCAAUUCCAGUUCCAACUCCAAUUCCUCAACCACCGACCCCAACGAGGUUGAUCGCAACUUCGAUGAUUCCUAUGUGGUCAAUCAACUCUUCCCAAACCCUAUGUUGUCCUCUUCCAACCCUAAACUCUGGAACGAUUCUGAUUCCGAUACCACCGAUGCCAACACCAUGAUCAUCCAUGAGGGUGAGGCUGGUUUCGAUUCGAAGGAAGUGGAUGAACAACAACAACUACAACAGAACCAGCAAGAGCAACAAGAAGAAGAAGAAGAAGAAACAGAGAAAGUAGUGGUGGAGAAAGAGGAGGAGAAGAGUGUGGUUUGGUGGAAGGUUCCUUUUGAGGUGUUCAAAUAUUGGGUCCCACUUCCUCUUCCUCUUCCUGUUUGGUCUUUAUCUGUGGCUGCUGCUGCUGCCUUUGUUGGGCUUCUCGUCUUGGGAAGGAGAUUGUAUAAAAUGAAGCGCAAGACUCAAACCUUGAGCCUCAACCUUGCUCUCGAUGAUAAGAAGGUAUCUCAGCUCAUGGGUCGGGUUGCACGUCUCAAUGAAGCAUUUUCAGUUGUGAGACGUGUUCCCAUAGUACGACCAUCUCUGCCAACCUCAAGUGUUACUCUGAGGCCUGUGAUGAGUAUGAGAUGAAUGAUUUCACAAAUGACUUGAUUGGAAAUAGUGUGAAAUAAUGUUUGUAAUACUACAAAAAAAUCCUUUUGCAUGAAAACAUGUAUCUAUUAUGUGUGUGGUGGGCGUUGAAUUUAUGAAGCUUUUCAGUGGCUUCCUGUAUAUGACAUCAUAUCAUACUCACUGUUAAUUUUAUGUCUUGCAAAUA